CUUGCUGGGCUGCUGCAGCAGCAAAGCUACGCUGCCCAGAGCUGGAGGGACUGCCUCAGGCCCUUUCUCCUUACAUUUGUAUAUUUGCUGCUCUGCUGCUGCAGGGUCCUGCUGCAGCAACAGCAGCAACACCAGCAGCAGCAGCAGCAGCAGCAGCAGCAGCAGCAGAUGCAACCGAGAAACUGACUCUGCUGCGGCAGCAGCAGCAGCAGGAAUGCAGACAACAAGAGGCCCAGUUGCUGCUGCAGCUGCAGCAUGCUCACAAUGAAUACCUCGUGCUGCAGCAGCAGCAGCAGCUGCAGCAGCUGCAGCAGCUCAAAGACAGACUGGCCAUAUACGAGGCCCCCCGAGGGUCUGUGACUUUCGAGGGGCCCCUCACCAGCAGCAGCAGCAGCAGCAGCAGCAGCAGCAGCAGCAGCAGCAGGGACCCUCAAACGGCUACGCCAAAGUGCAGCCACACAUUUUCUCUGCCAAGCCCAGAAGAAACAGCAGCAGCAGCAGCAGCAGCAACAGCAACAGCAGCAGCAGCAGCAGCAGCAACUUGUACAGAAUCAUCCGAAGGGCAUGGAUGCCCCGCUAGCGGGUCGGCGGAGCAGCAGCAGCAACAGCAGCAACAGCAGCAGCAGCAGCAGCAGCAGCAGCAUCCUGUAGACCGUGAGGGUGCAUGCAUGUCUGCUGCUAGAGGAGACAAUGCUGCUGCAGCAAACGUUGUCUCCGUUUCUGCUGCUGCAGAGGCGGGCGAGGCUGCUGCUGCUGCAGUGCAGCAGCAAGCGUCUCCCCUUUCCCAAGUGUCUCCCUUUGCUGCUGCUGAGCAGCAGCAACAGCAGCAGCAGCAGCAGCAGCAGCAGCAGCAGCAGCAGCAGAAAGGGGUACUAGCAGAAGCAGCAGAUUUCUGUGUCGAUGCUGCAGGGGCCCUCCUCGAUGACUUUGAGGUGUCUCCGCACUGCUGCCACUGCGGCAGUGUGAGCUGCUGCAGCAGCAGCAGCAGAGCAGCAGCAGCAACAGCAGCAACAGCAGCAGCAGGAGAACAGCAGCAGCAGCAGGGAACACCCUCUGCCUGCAGCACAGCAGCAAACACAGGGGCCCCGGGGGCCCCCAACCACAUGCAGGAUGCUGCUGCUGAGCUGGGGGCCCACUGGGGUCUGCGUCGCUGCAGCAGAAGGACUCGAGCGGUGCAGCAGAGCAGGGCCCUGCGAGCAGCAGCAGCAGAAGAAGCAGCAGCAGCAGCAGCAGCAGCAGCAGCAGCAGCAGCAGCAGCAGAAGAUGAAGGCCUAGGGUCCGAUGGCAGCACAGACUCAGCAGCAGGGGCUGCACGCAGCAGAGGCAGCAGACAGCAGCAGCCUCGAGCCAAAGGGUGUUACCAAGGCAGCCCCGCAGCAGCAACAGCAGCAGCAGCACCUGGCUCCUCCUGUUGUGGGUGGUAG